AUGAGUAUAGUUGAUGAUAAUGGCGUUGCUGACUUCCCAGCAGAUUUGAAUAUUCUCAUAAUUGAUCAAGAUAAAACAUCUCUCCUAGUGUUGGAAACAAUGCUUCGAAAGUUGUUAUACCGAGUUACCAAGUGUCAGCAUGCGAGUGAGGCCAUUGCUUUGCUUCGACGAUGCAAAAUCAGAUAUGAUAUUGUCAUAUGUGAUUCACAUUUGCCUGACAUUGAUGGACUCAACCUUAUUGAUAUCAUUGUAUCAGAGAUGGACUUGCCGGUCGUUACGAUGUCUUCGGAUGAAAGACCAAGAGUUGUUGUGAAGUAUAUAAUCAAAGGAGCUUGUGAUUAUUUGGUGAAACCAGUUCGCAUGGAAGCCAUUAGUCUCAUUUGGCAGCAUGUGGUUCGCAAGAAGCAACGUUUGUUUCAAGAAUCCCAGCACCCUGGCGUUGAAAACAUUAACAUUAAUGUUACCGACAGGUUAAGCCUAUUACAACUGUCUAAGGAAGCUGCUGCCGCUAAUCGAACUGCCCCAAAAACCGAUAAAAGAAACCUGCAAUGUCAAAACGGAGGAGCGGAUAUGCGUCUAAUGAAGGGGAUUCCUCUGAUGAAGCAACGACCGGGACGAAUGGGAAGAAACCGAGGGUGGUUUGGACACAAGAGCUCCAUGAGUUAUGAUAUUCCUAACAAAAUUUUGGAGCGUAUGCAAGCUAUGAAUAUUACUUAUCUUUCAAGGGCCAAUAUUGCCAGUCAUCUUCAGAAAUACCGCAUGCAUCUCAGGAAAGAAAGUGCACGAUCGGCUAGUAACAGAGAUCUCAAUGCCUACCAAGAGUUCCAACCCACACCCACUGCUACAUAUCAACUUCCACAGCAAAAUGUUGCGAAUGCAAAUGUUUUAAGUACAGUUCCGAUUCAUGUCAAUAGAGAGAGAAAUAUAUUUGACCCGAAUCUUGUUCCGGAAUCAAGUCGCUCUGUCCAUACUGAUGCCUCCUUGUACAAUCUCUCUCAGUUGAACUUGUUAUACCGUAAUGAUUUCCCUCCUGGUGAUGGUGUUGCCAUCUCAAAUGAUGAAAAUUUUCACAGUAACGCAGGAAAAGUUACUGAACUUCCGAACCCGUUUUCGACAGCUCAUGAGUUGAUCUAUGAACCCUCGUUUUUGCAGCAGGAGGUUGCACUGGUUGGACUUCAAUCGAACAUGGCUGGAUACCUCUCGUGCAGUUCUAAUUGUUUUGGUUUGACCCAAAGUUAG